GGAGACCCCCGGGGGGCUGCGGCUCAGACCCCGCUGAGGAGAGAAUCUCGGGAGGCAGCGGAUAGGGCUCGGGAGGGAGCUCCUCGGGGUGUCCCCGCUGCUCCCUUUUCCCCCCUCGAGUCCCAGCCCGGGCCGCGCUCCAUUCCCGGGCCUGAGGAGCCGAUUGGAGACGCUGCGUGCGUUCCGGGAGCGGCUCUGGCGGCUUCGAUCUGCCCUAAAACCCCCCCUGAACCCCCCGUGUGAGGAGGGCGAGAGGGGAAUUCCUCCUUCCCUGCUGCGUGGCGGGGUCAGGGGAAGAGGCCGAGCCUCAGCUCUGCCGCUUCCAUAACCCUGCGGGGCCUUUUCCUUCCCCUUAGGGCAUCCCCCUUCUCCGUGGCUGUAGCGCAGAGGAGCAGCUCCAUCAUCAUCCUCAUCACCAUCAUCAUCAUCAUCAUCAUGCCGACGGUGGUGGUGAUGGACGUGUCGCUCUCCAUGACCCGGCCGGUGUCGGUGGAGGGUUCCGAGGAGUACCAGAGGAAACAUUUGGCUGUCCACGGGCUGACCAUGCUCUUCGAGCACAUGGCGACCAACUACAAGCUGGAGUUCACGGCCCUGGUGGUGUUUUCCUCUCUCUGGGAGCUGAUGGUGCCCUUUACAAGAGACUACAACACGCUGCAGGUUGUCCUUGUCACCGACGGCUGCCUGGGGAUCGGCAGAGGUUCCCUGCGGCACUCGCUGGCGACUCACUCCCAGCGAAGCGAAAGCAAUCGAUUCCCGUUGCCUUUCCCCUUCCCAUCCAAGCUGUAUGUCAUGUGCAUGGCCAAUCUGGAAGAGCUUCAAAGCACAGAUUCUUUAGACUGCCUGGAAAGACUCAUAGAUUUAAACAAUGGGGAGGGGCAAAUUUUCACCAUUGAUGGCCCCCUUUGCCUGAAGAAUGUGCAGUCUAUGUUUGGGAAGCUAAUAGACCUGGCUUAUACACCAUUCCAUGCUGUUCUCAAGUGUGGCCACUUAACAUCUGAUGUGCAAGUAUUUCCCAGGCCAGAACCUUUUGUUAUAGAUGAGGAAAUAGAUCCCAUCCCUAAAGCAAUUAAUACAGAUCUUGAAAUUGUUGGUUUUGUAGACAUAGCUGACAUUUCUAGCCCUCCUGUCUUAUCCAGACACUUGGUACUGCCCAUUGCACUUAACAGAGAAGGUGAUGAGGUGGGAGCUGGGAUCACAGAUGACACUGAAGAUGAGAAUUCAGCUAAUCAGAUUGCUGGGAAAAUCCCCAACUUCUGUGUUCUAUUACAUGGCAGCCUGAAAGUGGAAGGCAUGGUGGCUGUCGUCCAGUUGGGGCCAGAGUGGUAUGGGAUGCUCUAUUCACAAGCUGAUAGCAAGAAGAAAUCAAACCUCAUGAUGUCUCUCUUUGAGCCUGGUCCUGAGCCCCUUCCUUGGCUGGGGAAGAUGGCACAGCUUGGACCCAUUUCAGAUGCAAAAGAAAAUCCUUAUGGGGAGGAUGACAACAAGAGCCCUUUCCCCUUGCAGCCCAAGAACAAGCGCAGUUACGCACAGAACGUUACCGUCUGGAUUAAGCCAAGUGGCCUCCAGACAGAUGUACAGAAGAUCUUGAGAAAUGCAAGGAAGCUCCCUGAAAAAACUCAGACCUUCUAUAAAGAACUGAAUCGUUUACGGAAGGCAGCUCUGGCCUUUGGCUUUUUGGACCUUUUGAAGGGAGUGGCAGAUAUGCUGGAGAGGGAGUGCACCCUGCUGCCUGACACAGCUCACCCUGAUGCAGCCUUUCAGCUGACACAUGCUGCUCAGCAGCUCAAAGUGGCAAGUACUGGAGCAUCAGAAUAUGCUGCCUAUGAUCAUAACAUUGCUCCACUCCAGACAGACUUUUCCAGUACUGGCACUGAAAGGAUGUGAAGUCUCUGUUAUGGGAACUUCUGUAGGUUGAAGACUCAAGUGGUUCCAAUUUUCUUGUCCUCAUUAUUUCCUAGGCUCUACUUAAUGACUAUUUGGAGAACUUCCUAGAAAAGCAGGGUCCCUUCCCUGCAUCAGUGCUCUCUUAACAAAUACAGGUAGUUUGUGGUGGCUUUAGUCAGACCUGGUGGCUUUAGAAGCUGUGGAAAAUGUCCCAAAAGCAGUUACUGUGUUGGAUGAUUGCUGGAAGUUACUCAGUCCAUGCAAGGUAAGAGAGAAAAUCCUAAAAAUGUGGUUACUACAUAACUGAAAUCACUGGUAAAAGUAUACUAAAAGGCAGCUACUAUACUUUAUACUCCAACUUGAUGAGUCCAAAGACAGGAUACAUGAGAAUCCCUGUGCAAGAUCAUAUCUGCAGCUGAUUUCAGGGUGUUGUCUCUAUGGAGUUUUCUUCCCAACUUGGAAGCCAGUCUGUACUGUGAUAGUGGGAGCUCCCACCUGCACUGCUGGCCUUAUGCUUGUGAAAGUAACUUAAUCUUGUGAGACAUGUUUUUUAUUUGCAUAAUUAUUAAUAAAGAGUCAUUCUUAAUGAAAACUUAAGUUGGAUUUGUUCCAGGUUCAUAGGAACUAGAACAUUGACCUGGUGAAGGCUCAGCUCCCAGCUGCUUAGCACAAGAGUUAAAUAAAAAACUCACACAACUUCUCAUGUUCAGGGAAAGACCAAAACACUGAACUAAAGCAAAAUUUGGUUGUAAAUCUUUAUUAAUAGAAACACAUUCAUUCUGCAGGACUAAAAUUCAGUAGUGUAAGAUCCAUGACAGCUUGCACUAGGUACCACAAUUUCACUGAGAAAUACAAUGUAUGAAUACAUAUGGAUUUCAUAACAGAAGUUUAAAUGCCCAGUGGAGAAAUUAAAAGUAUGAAAGUGAUCCUUGCUGUUCCAUUGCUCAGCUAAUUCAAUCCUUUGCCAUACUUCAACCAUAGGUACAGUGUGUGUUAUGGUGAAAUACUAAGUUUGUAAAUAAUACUCAACUCUCCUAAGUAAUCUGCACUCUCCUUUGAGUGGGAGCCUCAAGUAUCCCUAAAGAGCAGUUGCAUCAUUCCUCGUGUUGACAGAACACAUUUGUGAAAUGCAGUUUGGAGCCUGCACCUGUUCUUUGUUCAAGUCCUCUUACUAGAGUAACAAUCCUUUACAGUAACAAUCACUGGGUCUAUAUUAAAGGUAAUAAACAGUUUACUGUUUGUGAUAGAGAAAAUAAUUUUCUGGAGUAUUCAGUGUUUU